AUGACAAUAUCAGGGCCUUCUGACGCCACCAGUUCCAAGGUGACGCUGUCGCCCCUCCCUACAAAGGAGGCCAAUGCACCGACCAAACAAACACCUGCGCUCGCCGACCCUUCCAAGCUGACCAGCCGGUCUGCUGUCGUCCAGGCACUCUCCGACCUCUCUUCCUACUCUGCGUCCCUCGAUGAUGAGCUGGUCUCGCUCUUCGAAGAAUCAGAACCCGUCGUCACCGAUGCCCGGCGGUCAAUAGCGGCUCUGGCUCCGCAAGUCCAAUUGAUACAGGAAGAAGCCGAUGUCCUCGACCGACGCCUGCAGAGCUCCGCCUCUGUGGCCAAGCGCAUCUCCGAACGCGUGCGUCUUCUCGACGAGGAGCGCAAGCGCAUCGCGCUAGCCACCGAAUGGGCGGUCCGAGUAGCAGAGCUCAAAUCGUCUCUUUCCCUGCUCGCCUCUGCUGUCGAGCAUCGCGACUGGGACAUGGCAACCAUGCACUGCCGUCGGGCCCUCGCCAUCGACCCCGCCAUCCGCUCGUCGCAAUUUGCAGCCGCCGUCGUCCCAUCCACAGACCUCCCCGAACUCCCAGAGACAACCCUGCUCGAGCUGCGCAAGACAAUGCUCACCGCCUUCACCGACGCCUUCAUCCGCUCAACGCAGAACAAGGACGAAAAGGAAGCAUCGCGCUUCUUCAAGCUCUUCCCGCAGGUGGGGUGGAAGAAGGAAGGCCUGGAGGUGUACAGCAGCUUCGCGCGAUCGAUGGUGCGCGAGAAGGGACGGAGCAUCACCGACUCGUUAGGGUCAGGCAAGGCGCAGAACCCGACGCAUUUUGCGUUGCUGCUUACGUCGUUGUUCGAGCACCUAGCUUCGCUAAUCGACAUGCACCAGCCAGUCGUGGAUCGACAUUAUGGGCUGGGCAAUUUCAGCCAUGGUGUUAUGCCAGGGCUGCAGGAUGAGUGCGAUCGGUUGGGGCAUCGCAUCAUGGACUCGUGGCGGGAGGACCGGAGCGUGCGCAGGAGGCUCGACGAGGUGCAGGCGUAUCGGUUCACAGGUGCGGCCACGGCGAAGCACACGCAGCCGUCGACGUUCAAGGCGUCCUUCGGCGUUCCAGGUCGAACAGCGAGUCCAGCCGCAGAGUCGACGGCCAAUAGCUCGUUCGACGAGCCAUCGGGUCCGGACGGGCGCGAGGUAAGCAAGAUCCUGACCGAGCUAGCUGCCAUGUCGUCGAGGUGGGGCUACUACCGCCGCUUUCUGCAGAGUCGACUUUCGUCCGGUCCGGACGCAGGCGGAGGCAAUCGACCGAAGACGCUCGAAGACGAACGCGCAGCACAGGCCGACGAGGCGCUCAAAGACUUCCGUCGCACAUCUGUUGAUCGACGCAGCUCCAUCGCUUCCAGCGCCAAUGCUCCCCCCAUUGACGCAGAACAGGACGAAGAGCUGGCAGACUCCAUCGACCACGCCACGCAAUCCAAGCUGGGCCAAGAAGUGCUCGAGUCGAUGUCGACGCUCUACAUCCCGAUGGAAACGUGGUUUCUGCGAAACAGCCUCGAGAAGGCCUUCCGCAUCGAUCAACCCGAUACCAUCUCUCGACCCUACACGUCCUCGAUCCUGGACGACGCGUUCUACGUCAUCCGCAUCGUCCUCGCGCGCAUCAUGUCCACCUCGUCCCUUGCGACCCUCACCGAGAUGACGCGUGUCGUCAAGACCAUUGUCGAGGAGGACUACAUCGAAGUCAUCGUUCGCAAGAUGGAGACGCUGUGGCGAACCAUUUCGGGAUCGAUGACGGUGGACGGGCCCCGCAAAGAUGCGGCGAGUCGCGAGAUGCGGACUGUGUUCAUCACGUAUCUCAACGUUCUCGAUGUCUCAUCCACCUACAUGUCGCGUGUUCUGCUCGAGGUGGGGCACGAGAGCUCUCUCGCGCGGCUCUUCGAGCCGUCAGAGCAGGAUGAGGCGUCAGCAUGCGUUCAGAGCCUCUCCUCUCUCGUGCAGCGAUUCCGUUCCUCGCUGCGCACCGAGAUCGAACACCUGUUCACGCAGCUCACGGCCCCCCGUCUGCGCGCGUUGCUCAUGGACACUUACCGAGACGUAUCGUACAUGCUGGACGACGAGGCCUACUCCUCGGCCGAAUCGCGCGAUCUAGUGCGUCGGCGCUUCGUCAAAUCCUGGGACCUCCUCUUUCAUCACUUUCGCGGCGUCUUUACGGAUGCCAACUUCAAUACCUAUCUCAGCAUGGCACUGGAUGCACUGCUCAAACCGUGGGAGGGCAUGGUCCUGGGCAUGCGCUUUACGGAAUUGGGAGCACUCAAGUUCGAUAAAGACCUGAGGGCGGUGGUCGGCUUCCUGACGGAUCAGACGAGUUUGCCGAUCAGGGACAAGUUCACGCGGUUGCAGCAGGUGAGUUAUGUGUUGAAUCUGGAUGGCGGUGAGGACGAGGGGGAUUUGUAUCAGAAUGCGGUGGCGAGUGGGAUUAGUUGGCGGUUGAGCAUGGCCGAGGUACGGAGUGUGAGGGGGUUGAGGGUGACGUAG